AUGCCUCGCAUAGAAAGAAUAGAGAAGUUUAUACGGGAAAAGUAUCCAAACGCGAGCAUACGCAUCACAGACAAAACAAAAGAGCACCUUGGGCACAAAGAAAUCCUUUCUCUGGACAACCCGCAGGAGACGCACCUGGACAUAAAGGUGUGGGACGAGUCUUUUAAGGGCUCCAGGCCCAUUGACUCGAUCAGAGAAAUAAACAAAGCAAUAAAAGGCGAGUUCGAGCAAGGCCUGCAUGCUGUAACGAUCGACUGCUCGCAGCCAGACGCCCCAGAGCAGUAG